CCGCCCUCCGCCGCCACCCAGUCCCGGCCAUGUCGCUGCUGCAGUCGGCGCUGGAUUUCCUGGCCGGGCCGGGCUCCUUGGGGGCCGCCAGCCGGGACCAGAACGACUUCGUGGGGCAGGUGGUGGAGAUGGGCGAGAUGAAGCUGCGGAUCAAGAAGGUCAUCGCCGAAGGUGGUUUUGCUUUUGUAUACGAAGCUGUGGAUGUCGGCAGUGGCAAAGAAUACGCUUUAAAGAGGUUACUGUCCAAUGAAGAAGAAAAGAACAAAGCCAUCAUUCAGGAAGUUUGCUUUAUGAAAAAGCUCUCUGGUCACCCCAACAUUGUCCAGUUCUGCUCCGCUGCCUCAAUAGGCAAAGAAGAAUCCGAUACCGGGCAAGGGGAGUUUCUUCUGCUGACAGAGCUUUGUAGAGGGCAAGUGGUAGAAUUUUUAAGGAGAGCUGAAUCCAAAGGGGCCCUCUCCUGCGAUACGGUGCUGAAGAUAGCUUAUCAGACGUGCCGGGCCGUGCAGCACAUGCAUAAACAGAAGCCUCCUAUUAUUCAUAGAGAUCUUAAGAUUGAAAACAUGUUGAUGAGUAACCAGGGGACAAUUAAGCUGUGUGACUUUGGCAGCGCCACGACGGUGGCGCACUACCCAGACUACAGCUGGUCCGCGCAGAAAAGGGCACUGGUGGAGGAAGAGAUCACAAGGAACACAACACCAAUGUAUAGGACUCCAGAAAUAGUAGAUCUGUAUUCAAAUUUCCCGAUAGAUGAAAAACAGGAUAUAUGGGCGUUGGGCUGCAUCCUCUACUUGCUGUGUUUUAGACAGCAUCCGUUUGAAGACGGAGCCAAGCUUCGCAUCGUCAAUGGAAAAUAUUCCAUCCCCCAAAAUGACACAAGAUACACUGUGUUUCAUGAUCUUAUUCGUGCUACUCUGAAGGUGAACCCAGAAGAAAGACUGUCCAUUACAGAGCUGGUGAACCAACUGCAGGAGAUUGCAGCUGCCAGGAAUGUGAAUCCAAAAUCCCCCAUUACAGAGCUCCUUGAACAAAACGGAGGUUAUGGAAUUAAUGCUCAGCCCAGGACAUCUGUGACUGUGGCGCCGCCGCAGAACUCAAAGCCCGCAGGACAGCUAAACAAUAUGUAUAAUGCAGGUCUGACAGUGGCAGAAUGCGACCAGACGUACAGCGGGUUCUUCGAUAUACUCAGAGGCGGAACGGAGAGAUUUCUUACGAAUAUCAAAGACACAUCUUCGAAAGUUAUCCAGUCUGUGGCCAAUUACGCAAAGGGAGAUCUGGAUAUAUCGUACAUCACUUCCCGAAUUGCUGUGAUGUCCUUUCCUGCAGAGGGUGUUGAAUCUGCCAUAAAAAAUAACAUAGAAGAUGUGCGGUUGUUCUUGGACUCAAAACAUCCUGGGCACUAUGCUGUUUACAAUCUGUCUCCAAGAACGUAUAGACCUUCCAGAUUUCACAACAGGGUUUCCGAAUGUGGCUGGCCAGCAAGGCGGACGCCGAACCUCCAAAACCUUUACAGCAUUUGUAAGAACAUGCAUGUAUGGCUGAAGCAAGAUCCGAAGAACGUUUGCAUUGUGCAUUGCCUCGACGGAAGAGCAGCGUCGGCGGUUGUCGUCUGUUCUUUUUUAUGCUUCUGCCGUCUCUUCACUACAGCCGAGGCCGCUGUUUAUAUGUUCAGCAUGAAACGCUGUCCGCCGGGCAUUUGGCCAUCGCAUAAAAGGUACAUCGAAUACAUGUGCGACAUGAUGGCGGAGGAGCCCAUCAUUCCUCACAGCAAGCCGAUCCUCGUCAAGUCGAUCGUCAUGACCCCAGUCCCGCUUUUCAACAAGCCGCGCAACGGCUGCCGGCCUUUCUGCGAAGUCUACGUCGGGGACGAAAGAGUAGCCACCACCUCACAAGAAUACGACAAAAUGAAGGAUUUUAAAAUUGAAGAUGGAAAAGCCGUAAUCCCACUUGGCAUAACAGUCCAAGGAGACGUUCUCAUUGUCAUUUAUCACUCCAGGUCCACUUUAGGUGGCAGACUCCAAGCCAAGAUGGCAUCGAUGAAGAUGUUCCAGAUCCAGUUCCAUACAGGAUUCGUACCUCGAAAUGCCACCACUGUGAAAUUUGCAAAGUAUGACCUGGACGCCUGCGACAUCCAAGAGAAAUAUCCCGACUUGUUUCAAGUGAAUCUGGAAGUCGAAGUAGAGCCUCGGGAUAGGCCCAGCGCUGAACGAGCCCCGUGGGAUAACUUGAACAUCAAGGGUUUGAAUCCCAAGAUCCUUUUCUCCAGCCGAGAGGAGCAGCAAGAGAUCUUGACAAAAUUUGGUAAACCAGAACUGCCUAGGCAGCCAGGGUCCACGGCCCAGUAUGACGCGGAAACUUCCAAGUCGGAUCCGUCUUCUGACAGCGCACCCACCGAGCCGGACUCUCCACAGAGCAGCGCCACUGAAGCCAAUUUCUUCCACUCCCUGGAUUGGCAAGAAGGCAAAAGUUCAGAAGCUGCAUCCGAGGAUCACUUUUCAAAAGAGAGUCCAGGGCUAAUGGAGGAAAGGGACGACAGCGACCUCUCCGAGGAGGAGUUCACGGCGCUUCCUGGAGAUGGUAGGCCCCUCGAUGAGAGGGAGAAGCACCUGCCGGAGAAGGAAGACGGCGAGCCACUCUUCGAAGCAGACAUUCCCACCCCGCAGUUGGAAGAGACCCUCGUGGAGGAUAGCGUCGACUUGCUCGGACUGGAUUUGGACGCUCCCUCGGAGCUGCUCCAGCCUCCUUCAGAAAUGAAGAGCUCCUCCAGCAACGCGGACUUGUUGAAUGACCUGUUUGUUGGAGGUGCACCGGAAGGUUCCGAAGACUCUACUGCGGACCUUCUGGGAGGAGGAGCUGAUUUCUUUUUCGGUGGCCAGCCUCAGCCCACGACAAGCUCCCAAAGAGCUUCUCCUCCAGCAGUAGUCACCACCUCCACAGCUGACCCGUUUGACCCUUUUAUAAUGUCACCCAGCCCUGACGAUCCAAGUAUUACCACUCCUGAUCUCUUUGGCGACUUCCUUGGUCCAAAUGCACCGACGGCAUCGGGUAUGUUUCCUUCCACGCACAGCGCUCCACCUCCUUCCUCUAGCACAGACUUCCUUAAUUUAGGAGGUUUGUCACCUGACACGCCGAAAAUGGCUUCCUCAGCAAGCCAGCCUGAUCUCUUAGGUGGCUGGGAACCGUGGGCAGAUUCUGCACCAGUUAGCAGUCCAGCACCAUCACAGCUUAAGAAGUCCUCCCUUGAAGGGCAAGCUUUUACAGCGGGAGGCCCGUCGGGCAUCUCCUCAGGCCUCUCCUUCAGCCAAGCAAAAUCGCAGACUUUCGACCCUUUUGCCGACCUCACGGACCUGCGGACUGGCCUUCCGAGUACUUCCAGCGGAGGAUUCUCGGCAAGCGGUUUUGCCGCCAAGCCUGCUCAGUCUCAGAAAGCAGGGAGCCAGCGGCCGGCCGGGAAGCCGCAAGGCGCGGGCACGUCAUGGCAGUCCCAGUCGCAGCCGAAACUGCCAGAGCCGAGCAAGCCAGGCGGGCAAUCAAAGCCUAACUACACUGUGAAUUUCAGCGUCAUUGGAGGGCGGGAAGAGAGAGGCAUCAGAGCCCCAGGCUUCGGACAAAAGCCCAAAGUUACAGAAAACGAUUUUGAGGAUCUGCUGUCGAACCAAGGGUUUUCAGCCAAAUCGGACAGAAAAGGACCAAAGACCAUUGCUGAGAUGAGAAAGCAGGAAAUGUCUAAAGAUAUGGAUCCCCUAAAAUUGAAGAUUCUAGAUUGGAUUGAUGGGAAAGAGAGAAAUAUAAGAGCUUUAUUAUCCACGCUUCACACUGUGCUCUGGGAAGGCGAAACCAAAUGGAAGCAGGUGGGCAUGGCUGACCUGGUGACCCCGGAACAAGUCAAGAAGUACUAUAGGAAGGCAGUCCUCAUUGUUCAUCCAGAUAAGGCCACGGGGCAGUCUUACGAACAGUAUGCCAAGAUGAUCUUCAUGGAGCUGAACGACGCGUGGUCGGAAUUCGAAAACCAAGGAUCCAAGUCGCUUUUUUAA